AUGAUCUUGCCAUGCGGUCCUUGUUCCGAGGCCGCGUCGCUGGUUAUCAUCAACACGGCUCGUCUUUUCAACGACGCACAAACAUUGAAGGAUGCGCAGCUCCCACUCCAGUCGGGCAGAGUGGAUGAUCCGGCGCUCCUUGAACCACGCAUUGCAGACCCUCGGGACCGCAGAUUCCCGCGAUCCGUCCGAUGUUUUUCUCAGCAGUAUCAUGUUGUCGCCACGCGGUCGGUCGCAAGAAUAAUCAUCAACAAUUAUCAAGUCCUCUCCGCGGCUGAACGCCUCUCGCGCGCGGGCAAAAUAUCAGGUUUUCGGUACCGCGUCGCCCAGGUUAACAUGGGCAGCUCGAGGAGAGGCCUCGCUCAAAUGCCUGACGUUCGAUUGGCCGUGGCCCUCGAUCCUCGAUGUGCAGCCAAGUACCCAGCUGGCUCGCAGUGCUGCGCCAGCCAAUGGGUCUGCGCGCAUUACGGUAUCGAGGCUGCAUAA